GUUCUUGGAUCACGCUUUGCUUGCUGCUACAGUGCUAUAGCACUAGUGCAUGUGGCACCAUCAACACAAGGGCAGCGCAGCGGUGGCAGCCUUUCCCUGCCGCCAGAUUUGACAGGAUGGCGUGCGAAGCAGUUGGGAUCACGUGCGCUCAGUUGCAAGCGGUUGGGCCCCGCCUUAAACAACGCGCUGCCCAGCCGAUUCCAGAGGUGCCCACCUCCCCAGCGUUUGCGAGGGCUUCAAAGGGCAGGCGGCAGCGGCAGGGUUUACGUUCCAGCACCCAAAGACAGAGCAGCUGUUGCUGCUGCAGAAGAGGCUUGGAGCAGUUGUUGCAGACCAAGCUCAGGAGACAAGGUGGCGCAUGUUCGGGGUGGGGCUCUGACCAUCCCUUUACACUUGAAGCUCAUGGUGCCCUUUCGCAUCAGAAGAGGGGGGCAGCCGCAAGGGCAAUUGGCGGCCCGCCAAACUCCCGUCGUGGCCCAUUAGACAGCCCCGGUACGCUGCCAGAGGUAGAGAUCAUCACUAGGGAGGGGGUCAUUCGCCGAAAUGUGCGGCCCAAAGAGGAGCCAGCGCCAGGCACCGCGGGCCAGCCCAAGGAAGACGAAGAGGUGCAAUUUGAAUCCUCUGGGGCAGGAUUGGCAGAGGGGUUUGCGAGGUUGCAAGAGCAAGCGGCACGGGCGCAAUUGCAGGGGGAGAGGAAGCGGGCGGAAGAGUUUCGGGAAGGGGACACGGGCGCACAGGGCUUGGGUGGCGCUUCGGCAGGGGGAGAAGAAGGGGAGACGGAUCCUGUAAAAGCCAGGAUAGCAGCGAUGAAGAAGAAGGCUCUGGAGUACAAGGCUGCGAAGGACGCUUUGUCACAAGGUGGCAGUGGGGUACAAUCAACCACGAGACUCGAUUCACAAAGCAUUGCCGAUGCUGCGGAGAGGAGUGGAGGUGAAAGUUUGUCAGAGGACAAUGCAGGCGGGGAAUCUGCAGAGGACCCGGUUAAGGCCAGAACAGAAGCAAUGAAAAAGAAAGCCCUGGAGUACAAAAGUGCGCAAGCGGCCCCUAGCCCCCCAGUCCAGCCUGCAGCUUCCGAACCUGACCCCCUAGAAAACGUCAUCCAGCCCCCCGAGGAAUCCGAAGGAGGGGGCAUCGGCCCUGAGCUGGCGUUGCUGAUGUCACAACGGCGGCGAAUUGAAGCGUCCCCUUAUGCAAAUGUUAUUAAGCCGUUGGAGCGCCCGAGCGAGGAGAAUAUGCCGGAAAUUGAGAUUGAGGUGGGAAACCAGGGGGCGGUGAAUGGGCCACCGAGUCAGCGGGUGUUGGACCAACAGGAGGACGAGGAGUAUAAGCCCAAGGUGGCGACAUGGGGAGUAUUCCCGCGGCCUCAGAACAUCAGCCAGGCGUACGGAGGGGGGCGCACGAUCCGGCCGGGUGAGGCGUUGAUCAGCGACGAAGAGAAGGCGGCGCGGGACAAGAAGACCAUGGCACUGAUUGACGCGUACAAGAAGAAGAUGGGCAUCGAGAUGGAGCCGGCACUGAAAGAAAAGGCCGAGAAGGCGCUUGCUGCGGGGGAGGCAUUGAUGAAGCGCGGGGCGCUCCGGCAGUCGCUCGUCUACUUUGACGAGGUUGUCCAGGAGACGCCCUUCAGAUCGGAGGUGCACGGCGCGGCGCUGCUGAACAAGGCGGUGGUGUUGGAUUCGUUGAGCGAGUCGGAGGCGGCGCGGCCGCUGUACGAGAAGCUGGCGCAGCACCCGAAGGCUUACAUCUCGAGGAAGGCGGGGCAAAUGCUGUUCGGGUUUCAGGCGGCGGAGAAGCUCAAGUUCAGCAAGAACAAGAUCAAGUUCCACGACCCGUCUGUGUACCAGAAGUACCUCAGCCGCUUCAGCAACGGCUACGACAACACGUACGCGCCGUCCGCCGCGGAGGUCGAGCAGAGCGCGCGCGACGCGAGCAAGUCGACGGUCUUCGCGCUGGCCAUGGUCGGGGCGCCGCUCGUCCUCAUUGGAGCACUUAUAGCGUCCCGGGGGCUCAUCUGAGGAGAGCGACGGGACAAGUACAUUUUUGACGAGAUAAUUUGCGGAAGCUGAGUAGGUGUGCAGAGAGCGCUCUUUCGUCGAACGACGGCAAGUCAGACUCUUGGAAGUCCCUGGAGUUGUCCCUCUUCUUUUGAGGUGAACCUGAUUGAAGCGGUCGAAAGCGGAAGUGGCCAGCGGAACGCUCGAUGAUUUUGAGACCCCCCCGGAUUGUACUCGUAGGCAAGGGACAAAGACGACAUCUUUACGUCCUCUUCACCAUUCCAUUACUGGCUUACACGGAACUAAGAUCCUCCACAAGUUCGAGUAUAAAGUUCCGAAAUGUUCGGGCUUGCUGAGACAGAUUGGACCAAAGCUUCUUUUGAACGCAUCUCAUACUUGGCGG